CACAGCAGUUGCUACAGAGCCCGCGGGUUGAAGAAAUCGCUUGUGUAACCGUUUCGACAUCUGGGUUAAACCAAAUUAAGGAGAGAGUUUUUUCUAUCGCAGUUGCUUUUCUAAUUUUUUAUAAAUAAGUCUUAAAAAACCAUCACGUGGGUAUCAAAACUCAUAGUGUUCUAUGUUAUAGCCUAAAAAGGAUAUAAUACUGAGAGUGAGCUUAAUUUCGCGAGUUUCUCAGUUAAAAAUAUUUCUUAUGCAUUCAUGCGAAAUCCACUAUGUUAUUAAUUUGAGAUGAAUAAUACCUAUAUCAACAAAAAAAGUUUUAAUAAAAUUAAGAAUUAAAGAAGUGUUAAACUAGUGACAACUUUUGUGGUUUUCUAAAUUACAUUCAUAAAAAUUAAUUGCUGGUUUCAUAACACACCGUAACAUAAAGAUAAGCGCAGGAAUUAAUGAAAUUAACACAUAUUUUGUCACGGAUUAACUUCUGAUUAAUAGCUCAGACUCAUUGCUUCAGUUCAAGGUGCCCUUUGAUGUUAAAAUUUCAAUAGCAGAUGAUACAAUCUUCAUUUAAACUCUAAAAAAGUUAAUGCAAACCUUACAUGCAUACAAAUAAAACCUUAAAGCUGUUCUUUUGAAUGUUCGUUAUUUUAAGCGAAAUCUAUAGAUGAAAAAGAGUACAAAAUAUCAGCUCUUUGUUGACUUCAUUUAAGACUUAUGGCCAACAAUUACUAAGACUUUGAUGCAUAUCUCUAAUAGCAAUGUGUUUUUAAGUUACAAACAAUAGAACAACAAACAAAUGAUACAACGAAACCAACCCCAAUUCAGAUAUUUUCAUUUCAGUGGCUUUCAUCAGCUAGAUAGAAAUACUUAAAAAAAAUACCUAAUAAAUGUAACACUUACAUAUAUGAACAUUUUUUCUUCUGUGAAAAAAAAAACUAUACGUAUACAGUAAAAUAAAACUUUCCGGCCAGACAGACAUCUUUAAAAAGAAAAGACUUAUGCACACAAUAAUAUUUUCAUAAAUCUGUAGAAUGUUCGUGUAGUUUUGGAAAAGCAGUGGAAUUCAAAAAUAAAAAAAAAAACAAUGGAAUUGCCCCUAGCUUUUAGAAUCGUCUAAGUAACCAAACACACACAUUAUGCAACUCUUUCAUAUUAUCUACGAAGCAAUUUAAGACAUUAUGUUCAUUCAAUACGGUACUUGAAUCAAAUUGUAGUAGAAAAUGUUUAAAACGCAACAACACAUGAACACAAUUUCAUAACACAUAAACUGCAGCCUCUUUGUUCUAUCGAGACACAUCGUCAGUUUCAUCUUUCACACAUCGAAAAUCUCGAAAAAUCUUCGCCUGCGCAACACUAAGAAAUGUCAAUCUCAGUUCAUAAAAAGCUGCUGCUUUGAUGGGAAAUGUCGAAUUCUAAAAGUGGAAAUAUAACAAUUGCAACAAGAUAAACAUGAAUUAAAAUCACACUUAAAAUACACCAUAACACUGUGAUUGCAAAAAAAACAAACAAAAUUAUUAAGGAAUUUUCAAUUCUGGAAUUGAGUCUACAAAACAAAAACAUAAAAAAUAUGACAAACAAACAUCUCUAGAGAGCUCUUUAAUUACGACUGUUUUGGGUUAACUGCAAUUUCAUAUUUAAAAAUUAUGUUUAUUCGCAUUAAACUCUAUGCAUAUGGAAUGAAUUCAACAAAUUAAGAAAAAUUAUUUCAUGCAGUAACAAGAUAAUUGUCUAAUUCAUAAACAUUUAAAACAAAGUACCAUCAUCCGGAUGUAGGGGGAAAACUGGCGCAAGGCUGUCAUUUGCAGGCAAUGCACCGACUUGCGAAUCGAUUGGGUGGACCUGGCCUAAGAUGGGGAGCUUGCUGUUUGCAGCUUUAUUCAUAGCGCUACAUUUUGCCACCGGCGGCCUGGGCAACCCUGAUGCAAAACGUUUAUACGACGAUCUACUUAGUAAUUAUAAUCGGUUAAUCCGACCAGUUGGCAAUAACUCUGAUCGUUUAACGGUCAAAAUGGGUCUUAGACUAUCGCAAUUGAUAGAUGUUAAUUUAAAAAACCAAAUUAUGACAACAAAUGUGUGGGUAGAACAGGAAUGGAACGAUUAUAAACUCAAAUGGAAUCCUGACGACUAUGGGGGCGUCGAUACACUCCAUGUACCAUCUGAACACAUUUGGCUUCCAGAUAUUGUCUUAUAUAAUAACGCCGAUGGCAAUUAUGAAGUGACAAUAAUGACAAAAGCAAUCUUACACCAUACAGGUAAAGUUGUAUGGAAACCACCUGCUAUUUAUAAGUCGUUUUGCGAAAUUGAUGUGGAAUACUUUCCAUUUGAUGAACAAACUUGCUUUAUGAAGUUUGGAUCAUGGACCUAUGAUGGAUACAUGGUUGAUUUGCGUCAUCUGAAACAGACUGCCGAUUCGGAUAACAUCGAAGUUGGCAUCGAUCUACAGGAUUAUUAUAUAUCAGUUGAAUGGGACAUUAUGCGGGUACCAGCAGUACGAAAUGAGAAAUUUUAUAGUUGUUGCGAAGAACCUUAUUUGGAUAUUGUGUUUAAUUUAACUUUAAGGCGUAAAACUCUUUUUUAUACCGUUAACUUAAUAAUACCGUGCGUUGGUAUAUCAUUUUUAUCAGUUCUUGUGUUUUAUUUGCCAAGUGAUUCAGGUGAAAAAAUUUCACUCUGUAUUAGUAUUCUCCUAUCGUUGACUGUGUUUUUUUUACUACUCGCUGAAAUUAUACCCCCGACAUCGUUGACAGUACCAUUGCUAGGGAAAUAUUUGCUGUUUACGAUGAUGUUGGUCACACUAUCCGUAGUUGUGACGAUUGCUGUUUUGAACGUAAACUUUAGAUCCCCUGUAACGCAUAAAAUGGCACCUUGGGUGCAACGGCUGUUUAUUCAAAUUUUGCCUAAAGUUCUUUGCAUUGAAAGACCGAAAAAGGAUGAACCAAAUGAAGACGAACAGCAACCUGAAGUUUUGACAGAUGUUUUUCAUUUACCUCCAGACGUUGAAAAAUUCGUAAACUACGAUACAAAGCGAUUUAGUGGGGACUAUGGGAUACCUGCUAUACCCACGCAUCGUUUUGAAAUCGCUCCUUCAGGUAUCAUAGGUCCAUGUUUUGGUGACCCUCCAUUGCCAUCAGCACUGCCUCUACCUGGUGGAGAUGAUGAUCUCUUUAGCCCAUCAGGUAAUGGUGAUAUAAGUCCUGGCUGCUGUGCUGCCGAUAUUAGUCCUACGUUCGAUAAGCCAUAUGCAAGAGAAAUGGAAAAAACAAUAGAAGGCUCUCGAUUCAUUGCACAACAUGUUAGAAACAAAGACAAAUUUGAGAGCGUAGAGGAAGACUGGAAGUAUGUUGCAAUGGUUUUGGACCGUUUAUUUCUUUGGAUAUUCACAAUAGCGUGUAUACUUGGCACAGCAUUAAUUAUAUUACAAGCACCUAGUUUAUAUGAUCAUUCACAGCCAAUAGAUAUUCUAUAUUCAAAAAUAGCUAAGAAAAAAUUCGAAUUACUAAAAAUGGGCAGCGAAGAUGUAUAGCGACCACUAGGGUUCGCAGCCGGUUGGUGGAAUAUGAUCCAAGGCUGGUUGCGAACUCUUUUUGAGGCUCGUGACGAUGACAGAGGAUAAUAUCCAAUGAAUUUAAUUGCAACAUCGUCACUAACGACCAUGUCGCCUUCAUUUUCUUCUUCAUCGUUAUUUAAUCCUAUAACUGAGUCACCAUCGUCUUCGCAGCCAUUGUUAUCGUUUUCAUCAUCAUUACAACCACAUACAAGAGUCACACUUGACAAAAAUUUAGAAAUAGGUUAUUAACAUAUAAUAAUAUAAUUGGAAAGGAUUUACGAGCUGUAAUUGAAUUUCAAUAGCAUGAACAAAGGCCAUCAGAAGAGUAAGAGAAUAGCCCUGAUAGGUUUCCGUAUUAAGAAAAAAAAGCAAUCUGUAAAUACUAUAGAAUAUUUAAGUGAACUAUAUUCACAGAUUAUGUAUUCACUUACCUAUUGUUAGCUUUAAAUUGAAUAUUUCUUCACAGGAAUGGAAUACUGUGUGCUGUGUGUUGUUGAGUCGUGCGGACUUGUUCAUGCUAUUGAUCAAGACAGUUGAGUUUGUAAGGUAAUUUUAACAAUAAAAAAUAGUAUUCAAAAACGUACUUAAUAAUAGACUAACACUUUUGUUCAGGAUAAGGAGAAAGACAUACUUUUUAGGUUGCAUCAUCAUUUGUUAAUGCAUAAUAUAGAAUCACAAAAAUGUAAAACCAUUCCAAGAAUUCGAUAUAGUAUUAUUAUGAAAACGGGGUUUAUAAAAAGCUAAAUAGCAGCAAAAUCAUAGACACGGUAAAUUAAUAUUAAAACCAAAGUUAAGGAGUUGUCUUCAGAAAGAAGCAAAGAAAAACGAAUGAUUUUUAUUAUAUUUGUAUGAAAAAUUUAUUAAGAUUUUUAAUAAACUAACUCGAUGUACAUUUGUAUAUAUAUACAUAUGUUUAGUUUCCAUAAAAAUAUUGUUUUCAUCUUAAUACAUGACUAAAAUUAAAAAGUAACAUCCUCAUAAUGCUGAGCAAUCAUAUUGAAACUAUUCAUUAAAACCAUUUCAAGUAUUUCGUGUAUAAAUUUAAAAGAGAAAAAAAAGUGUUUCAAGUGUUUCAAUUGUACACGAAACUUAGUUGGUUUUAACCUAUUUUUAAUCAGUAUGUACAUUUUUGUAUUGUUUUUUUAAUGGUGAUAUAAAUUUUAAAAAAUUACAAUAGAUUUGGUUUUAAAAUAUAUUUAUUUUUAUACACAGAUAUUUUGAACAAUCUCUUAAAUUUUAUUUGAUAGCUGCAUACCAUUCAUAUUUAAUUAAAAACAAAUUUAAACUUCAUAAAGUUUCUUUGCUAUUUCAUAUAUUAUGCUUAAGCAGUGUUUUAUUUAUAUACGAAUUGCUCCUGACUUUCAGAAUCAAGUGCCUGGUUGCAAUCUGAUGUUAUAAAAUUGGGGAACAUUGUACCUAUGUAUUCGAAUUAGUCAAGAUGGUAAACUAAUUCCAACUAUGUACAAUGUAGAGAAGCGUUUGUUACAAACACUUAUAUUUUUUUUUGCUAAUUGUUUUUUUGAUUGUUACGUUAUUUAAUUUCAACCUAAUUGAAAAGGCUAUUAAGAAAUAAAUGAUGUCUAUAUGCUUAUUUCAUAAGUCAUUACAUAAAAAUACUUAUUUUUUAGCGAGAUAUUAUCAUUUGAUAAAUAUUAACUAUUAAAUUAAUAUUUUAAAGAUAAUAUUUGUCUUAGAUGUUGUUUAAAUUUAAAUUUAAUUUAAAGACACUAAAAGAUUUCCUAGGUUUUAUAAAGAAAAAAUCUUUGAAAGUAGGGGACUCGUAUUCUUGUUUUUCUUUUUUAGUAUAGUUAGAAUCAAAUUAUUGAUUAAAACAAAUUUCGAAAAGGCAAUUACCUUUGGUUAAAAUUAACUGAAAGAAAUUACACCUGGAGUGAAAUAUGUAUUUGUUUUGUAUAAUAUUAAAAAUAAGCAGAAUUUAAAAGGCUGACAAAAUUUUGAAUUAUUUAUUUUUAUUUAAAAGGAUUUUGUUUUUCUGUUUAUUAAUAAACACUGUUGACAAAGAAGAUGAAGGUUUUGUUUAAUAUUUAUUGCAAGUUUCAUUUAACUUCGAUUUGGGUGUGUUGGCACCUAAGCCCAAGUUGUAAUUCAAAUUAUUUGCACGUUAUCCAUGUGCACUGUGGCGUAUACGUGCUUUAUUUUGUAUUCAUUUAUUAUUUUUUUUUUUUUAAUUGCAUGUAGAAGCUUAGGGAAGGAAGGCGGUUGAUGAUGAUAAUAGACAAUUUAUGUUUAUGUAAUCUGACUAUAUGACACAUUAUUUAAAAGUAUUUAAUACAUGUAUUUUUUUAUUUUAUAUAAAUAUUUUUUCAAUGAUACUAUUUAAGUCGAGAUGAAAACAUGAUUCGAUCUUGAAUACAUUUGAGUUUUUUUUUCAUUCUAAAUAACAUAUCAUUAUCUUUUAUAUAUAAAAGCUGCAUCAUCUGUUUUUGUGUUAUUCAUUUUUUAUUUAUAUAGCUUAGUAAGAAUACUAUUUUAAAGGAAUACUUUUUUACUUGAAUAAAAUUUCCUUGAUCAAGCAAUGGUUUUGAACUUUGAAAAAUUUGUUUGAACAAAAAAAAAAAAAACGCUUUGUAAACUAUACUUGCUCCUGUCUUGUUUUAAUAUUUCUACGUUGUUUGCUAUCAUUUAGAAUCAAGUAAAUAAAAAAAAAAAUAC